AUUAUUAAUUAACAUACAAUGUGGGAACUAAGCUACAGACUGAACAAUACUGAGAAAAGUUAGCGUUGCUAUCGAUGAAACCUGUAAACUCACCUGAGUGUAAUCGCGCGCCUUCCAACCACCCGCAGUACAGUAGUCGAGAGGAGGAGCGCUGCGCGCUAAAGCGGACAAAAAUACGCAGGGGGUUAGAAUGCCUGUGUGUGUGUGUGACCUACACAUCUACAUUAUAUCCCGAGUCACACAGGUCCGCAGCUUGUGAAUCGGAGUCAGAAAGAGUCGAAACGGGGAAACGGUUGUGAUCGUUUUGAAAAGAAAGGGAAAACGUCUGAUAGAGUAUACAAAGUCAAACAUCUCCUGCGCAUCAAUUUGUUCUUUAGCGGUCAAAACGUUGAUGCAUGCGUGAGGAAUCCUGAGUUUUGUGGGCUACUAUGAUUUGAAAGAAGAAACCAAAACAUAACUGAGAUAGUUGCCUAACUGACAGGAUGAAGAAUAUCUGCUUGUUGGACAUCGCUCACAUUGUGAUCAUCCGCUGGGCUCUUUGUUUCUCCGGGUCCGUGGUGAUGGGUCAGUGUAAUGAGGCAGCUGAGAACUCCAAGCUCAACCUGUCUGUGACCUACGACCUGCCCACCUUUGAGGCCAUCUCCGCCAUUCAGAACCUGGUAACCUUCGAGGGGACCAUCUACAUUGGUGCCAUGAACCGAAUCUAUGCACUGUCAGAGAACCUGACCAAGCUGUCGGAGUACCAGACCGGGCCCGUGUCUGAAGGCGCUGUCAGAAGGCGGUGUGGUCCUAGUUGUCAGGAUGGAGCCUGCGGUAAGACCAACGCUGUGGUGGACAAUUAUAACAUGGCCCUGCUGGUGGAGCGUUAUUAUGACGAUGAGCUGUUCAGCUGCGGCUCAGCGGAUGCCGGUGUCUGCCGUCGCCACCUGCUGGAGAGAAAGAAGGUGGACAGGGAGGUACAGUGCAUGUAUUCACCCAAGACAGAUCAAGGAGGACGGCACGGCUGCCCCGACUGCGUGACUAGCCCCCUGGGGUCCCGUGUGCUCAACGUGGAGAGCGGAGGCGUGGUGAGAUUCUUCGUAGGAAAUUCGGAGAUCCCCAGAAGCCCAUCCCGGAUGAUCUCCAGCCCCCAGGCCCAGCAGCCACAACACCACACCAUCUCAGUGCGUCAGAUGAAAGAAACCCAAGAUGGUUUCCGCUUCUUCUCCGACCAGUCCUACAUGAAUUUGGCCCCGGGCCUCCGCGGCGACCACCACCUCCAGUAUGUCUAUUCCUUCCAGAGCGGCUACCACGCCUACUUCCUCACCGUGCAGCGGGAGGGCCACAGCUCGCAGGUUUACCACACCCGCAUCGUCCGCAUGUGCGGCACGGACCCGGAGCUGCGGCGCUACGUAGAGAUGCCAUUCGAGUGCAUCCUGACGGAGAGGAGGAGGCGGCGGCGCUCAGCCAGCAUCGAGGUGUUUAAUGUCCUCCAGGCAGCCCACGUGGCCAAGGCGGGCCGCGAGCUGAGGCAGGAGAUGGGGCUGAAGGAAGGGGAGGACGUGCUGUUCGCUGCCUUUGCCCGGUCCAAGCCAGACUCCCCGGAACCCAGCGCAAACUCGGCCGUCUGCGUCAUCUCACUGGCAGACGUCAACAACUUCUUCAAGGACUUCAUCCAGAAGUGUCACACCAAGCAGCCGUACCAUUUCACCGGCUCCGAGGAGAAGCGAUGCUACAACGGGAGUUCGUCAGACGACUCGUUUGGCUGUGGGAAGCAUGAGGAGGGCUACCGUCUGGAGGUGACCAGUACCAUGGCCAGACUAGACUACUUCAGCGGGCAGUUCAGUAACGUCCUGCUCACCUCCAUUGCCGUGGCAACUGCACAGGAGCAGACCGUGGCCAGCCUGGGCACCGCAGACGGACGCCUCAUACAGGUGGUGGUCUCCCGUUCCAAACGCAGCACGCCACACGUGGACUUCCGCCUGGAUGACUCGCGCCCCGUGUCCCCCGAGGUGGCUCUCCUGUCCCCCCAGCGCCACGACGGCUCCCCCCAGCGCAGCCAGGACGGCUCACUCUUGUUGGUGACAGGAAAUAAGAUCACCAAGGUCCCUCUGAUUGGUCCUGGCUGUGAGCAACAGUGGAUGUGUAGUUCCUGCCUGCUGGCGCCAGGUUUUAUGAGAUGUGGCUGGUGUGACGGCCGCUGCACCAGGGCAGCCCAGUGUCGCCCAGCGUCCCUCUGGACCCAGGACUCCUGCCCUCCCGUCAUCACCACGAUCUCCCCAGCCAACGGCCCCCUGGGAGGAAGCACCAAGGUGACGGUGUGUGGGAGGAACUUUGGCUUCAACAAGACGGAUAGGUUUGACCACACACUCAUCAGCCUGGACGUGGCUGGAGCACCCUGCAAACUACUGAAACGAGAGAGCAACAGCAACAGGCUGGUGUGUGUUCCGGCAUCUCCUGUGAACUCGUCUCUGGCUAGUAGUGUGGUGAAGGUCCACAGUGGCAAGGAGAUGUCCCAAACACAGGGAUUCACCUUUGUGAACCCAGUAAUCAGGGAGAUCUUCCCUGCAUUCGGUCCUAAGUCAGGAGGCACCGUGCUCACCAUCAGAGGCUCUUUCUUAGACAGUGGCAACACCAGACAGGUCACUGUGGGGAACGCAACCUGUGAGAUCCUGAGUGUGUCAGUUACCAUGCUGAUGUGCAAGACCCCUCCCCAGUCGGCCCCAUCCCUCCAGGCGGUGUAUGUGAGGGUGGACUCUGUGGUCCGAGAGGCCCCUGUACUCUUCGCCUACAACGAAGACCCUCUCAUCUCCAGCAUCCAGCCCACACGAUCCUUCAUCAGCGGAGGCAGCACUGUGGUGGCCCAGGGCUUCUACCUUCACUCGGCUUCCCCGCCUCAGAUGGUGCUCAUCCCCACAGCCCAGGACGGCAAGGUCUUCACUGUGAGCUGUACGCAGGGUGAGGACAGGCUGACCAUCCUGUGUACCACUCCCUCCCUGAAGGACCUGGGCCUGCAGCCUCCUGUGGUCACCAAGGUGGCGUUCGUCCUGGAUGGUUUCACCGCGCCCCAGUUUGACCUGCUGUAUGUAGAGGACCCUCGCUUCGAGGACUUCCAGAGACCCACCGUCACAUCCAAAGGCAACAAGAGCAUCCUGGAGAUUAAGGUGCCAGGUCGUGUGGAUGUGGAGGCGAUGAAGGGGGAGGUGCUGAAGGUGUCUAACAGGACCUGUGAGAGUGUGACUGUGGUGGGUAACACCCUGGAGUGUACUGUCCCCAUGGAGUUACGGGAUGCCACCAAUGAACUGGAGGUGGAGUGGCGUCAGGCAUCGUCUUCAGUGAGUCUGGGAAGAGUGAUGUUGGCUCAUGAACAGGACUACAGAGGGCUGAUAGCUGGCUGUGUGUGUGUCAGCCUGUUACUACUUCUGCUGCUCGCUCUAUUCAUCUGGAAAAGGAGGAACAAGCACAUUGACGAUCUGGCUGAGGGUAAGGUUUGGUAUGAUGGCCGGGCUCACAUUCAGCACUUGGACAUGUUGGCAAACGCCCGAAGCGUCAGCCCUACUAACGAAAUGGUGUCCCACGAGUCGGUGGACUAUAGAACCACCCUGCUGGAGGACCAGGGCGUGGAGAGGCCAGAGUCGUGCAGGGGGGCUCCCCCCAUCUACGGGGGCCAUGGGGAACUCCUGUCCCCCAGGCUGGGGCUGGGUGGCAUGGGGAUGGGGAUAGGUCUGGGGGUGGAGGGGGAGCUGGUGUCCCCUCUCCUGUCGGCCUCGGUCCACAUCGACACGUCCCAGCUGCACCCUGACCUGCUGAAGGAGGUUCAACAUGUGGUCAUCGCCAGGGAACACCUGCUGUUACACCUAAACCAGGUCAUAGGCAGAGGUCACUUUGGCUGUGUGUUCCAUGGGACCUUGUUAGAGGCUGACGGUCAGAAACAGCACUGUGCCAUCAAGUCCCUCAACCGGAUCACUGACCUGGAGGAGGUGUCUCAGUUCCUGAAGGAGGGGAUCAUCAUGAAGGACUUCAGCCACCCCAACGUGCUCUCUCUACUAGGGAUCUGUCUGCCCACUGAGGGCUCUCCUCUGGUGGUGCUGCCGUACAUGAAGCACGGAGACCUCAGGAACUUCAUACGGGAAGAGACACAUAACCCCACAGUGAAGGACCUGAUGGGCUUUGGUCUGCAGGUGGCCCGGGGCAUGGAGUAUCUGGCCAGCAAGAAGUUUGUCCACAGAGACCUAGCCGCAAGGAACUGCAUGCUGGAUGAAAGCUACACAGUGAAGGUGGCAGACUUUGGCCUGGCCAGGGAUGUGUAUGAUAAGGAGUACUACAGCAUCCACAACAAGAGUGGAGUCAAACUGCCUGUCAAGUGGAUGGCCCUGGAGAGCCUGCAGACACACAAGUUCACCCCAAAGUCAGAUGUGUGGUCGUUUGGCGUGUUGCUAUGGGAACUGAUGACCCGGGGAGCCCCGCCGUAUUCGGACGUCAACUCUUUUGACAUCACUGUGUUCCUGCUGCAAGGGAGACGGCUGCUGCAGCCAGAGUUCUGCCCUGAUCCACUGUAUAACGUGAUGGUCGAGUGCUGGCACCCCAAGUCGGAGAGGAGGCCCACCUUCUCAGAGCUGGUAUCCCUUAUCAACGCCAUCUUCUCCAGCUUCAGCGGAGAGCACUACAUCCUUCUCAACACCACCUAUGUCAACAUAGACAAGAUGAGCCCCUACCCCCCUCUCAUCUCCUCAUCCUCCUCUUCCUCCUCCACUCCUCAGGGCCACCCCCUGGAGCGAGACUGCUGCACCUGAGAGAGAGGGAGUGAUGGAGAGAAAGAAAGAGAGAGAGAGAGAGAGAGGGAGAGAUGAAAGAAAAAUUGUUGAGGAGAAAAGGAGAGCGCAUGGGGAGAGAUUGAAGACAAGGGGGUAAAAGGAGGGUAGGAAAAGAAUGAGCUUGACAGAGUAAGAAAGAGAGAGAGAAAAGAGUGGGCUUGAGGCGGCGAAGCCGUUGGGUCGCUUGGGAACUGUAUGUGACUGACAGACAGACACUGGACAAACUCUGUGUACGCUGGCUGAGAAAAGACAGGUUAAGGACACUGACACGUGCCGUGCCUACUUCACGUGUGUGUAAUGUAUGUAUACUGACCAAUGACCAACCAAACAAACAUCACUGUACGCCUGAGGCCUAUAUGAACUGUUAGGUCGAUCUUGGCUACCCUCUGCUCUUUAACCUAGAACUUGCUCUAGACCCUCCCAUGACCUUUUACCCCGGUAUGCCCUUGGAGCCUGACUUCAGGAGGUCAGGCUUCUCGUCUCUCUCUACCACAUACAAUUUGGAGACAUGGGAGAACCUUUUCAAUGAACAAAGCCUAUAGAAUUCUAUAGAAGCACAUUGUGUGUAUCAAGUACAAGUGACUCACCCAACAUUUCAACAACUCCCGUGCCAAAGAGGGACCGGAUGAUUUUUGGAGACAUUUCCGCUUGUGGGUGGCAUGUGUAUGGCGAUAUGGCGAAGGGCCGGGCUCCAGGUUUUUUUUUCCCUCGCCAUAAAAUUCUUUACACCAUCAUCCGCACUGCCACUGAAUUCCCCUCUCUUCCCACCUCUCCUCACAUGCCUCCUCGCAUACAUCCCUAAGCACUAGGACUGAAUGAAGAAAGUCCCAGCUCCAGCCUCCAGGGGAUGUUCUCACUAACCGAGGUGGCGGUGCAGAUUGGCUGGCAGGAGGAACAAUUUUGCUGCCCAUGUGCAGUAUGCUACACUGGAUACUUCUUUAUGUGUGUAAUUAUCUUUGACGAUUCUCUUUUGAUGUGCUUCUUUCAAAACAUCUUGCUGCUUCAUUGCUGUGAGUGACUUUUAGGAAUCUGCAGAUGUUUCCCAGUUGAAAGGUGUUUUGGUUUUUUGCCUUUCGGUUGGUAACACUUUGACUUGAACCGGCCCGUCAUAAUGUCUACAUAGCAUGUGUCAUAGCAGUUCAUGCAAGCUCAGCCUGAAAACAACUGACAUAAUCAUGUUUUAGACUUCAGAGAGUCAAGUGGGGGGAAACUGGAGACACGUUGGAACAUUUGAUGGUUUUUUGGCAUCAUAGUACUGCGUCAGUUGGAACAAGUGUUUUUACUGUCAAUCAUGACUUCAUCGCGGCGUUGUUACACACUGCUAUGUCGACAUUUUGAAAGACCACUUCAAGUUAAAACGUGACCAUUUUGCCUCUCCUGUGUGAAUUGUUUGUCUUUUUGUUACUAUGGCUGCUGUUCUGUUUUAAAUGAUCAGGCCAGCAAUGGACAGAUAUGAAUGUUUGCUCAAAUAAAUGUUUAAAGAACUGUACUAUAUUUUUUAUAAUGCCCUUUAUUAUGAAAAUGAGCCUAAAUAAAUGGUCGGCCCAAUAGAAUAACGCCCGAACUGAGCAGUGGUGCCACAACAACGACCAAUCAACUUCAGUGAAUGAACCACUGCCUUCUGUACAAAAAUGAUAAAGGUUAACACCUCUGUGGAUGUGUCUUCUAUAUGUAGGAUUUAACUGUGGUAAAUGUGUGUGUAUGUAUACUGUAUGAUAGGUGAUUGUUGUGGGUACAGCACAGUACAAACAACCGAUACUGUACAGUCAUUGAACAACUGGAGCUAGCAAGUUCACGUCCUUAACUAUUAGACUGUUCUAGAUGUUCCUAUUGGUAACUAAAUGGCUUGUAAAUCCAUGACUUUUGUCCAUUAAUAUGCCAUUGAGCCCACUGUCAGUGAAGUGUGAGCAUAUAUAUGAAGCACUGUUUAGGGAUCGUCUAUGAAAAUAGUGAUGGUACAUAUGUUGUUACUAUGUUAUGUCAUCUGACUGACUCAGUGUAAUAAAACUAUAUUAUCAGUGUG